GCCGCCGCCGCCGCCGCCGCCGCCCCAGUCCGGUUGUUCUCGGGAGUCGGCGCGUCGUUGUGCAGCUGUCUGAGCCAUGUCGGGAGGCCUUCUGAAAGCGCUGCGCAGUGACUCCUACGUGGAGCUGAGCCAGUACCGGGACCAGCACUUCCGGGGUGACAAUGAAGAACAAGAAAAAUUACUGAAGAAAAGCUGUACGUUAUAUGUUGGAAAUCUUUCCUUUUACACAACUGAAGAACAAAUUUAUGAACUCUUCAGUAAAAGUGGUGACAUAAAGAAAAUUAUUAUGGGUCUGGAUAAAGUGAAAAAAACAGCAUGUGGAUUUUGUUUUGUGGAAUACUAUUCAAGAGCAGAUGCAGAAAAUGCCAUGCGGUACAUAAAUGGGACUCGUCUGGAUGACCGGAUCAUUCGUACAGACUGGGACGCAGGCUUUAAGGAGGGCAGGCAGUAUGGACGUGGUCGCUCCGGGGGCCAGGUGCGAGAUGAGUAUCGGCAGGACUAUGAUGCUGGGAGAGGAGGAUAUGGCAAACUGGCACAAAACCAAUGAGCAGCGAGAGCCCCAUCAGGAAAAACUCUUGCCUGUUCAAGAACAUUACCCAGGGUCUGCAAAUCAGCCUGUUUUUUUUUUUACCAAGCUUCAAUCAGUGUCUACAGAGCUUGAAGCCCUUCAGUUCUCUGAGGAUUAUUAGACAGAACCAAAAGAAUGCCUUUAAUUCUAGCCUUGGAAUCUUGGCCACGUGUCAAGAUUACCAGAGUGAUUUUGUUACCAGGUCAGAAAUUGUGUUCCCUGGCAAGAGACUGAAUCCGAAAAGUUGAUUAAUCUGUCCGGCAAAACAUACUUCUUUUAGGAAGAUUAGAAAAAUCUAAAAAUUGUUUUACCAUGUUUGAGUCAAAGUAGGUUCAUGAUCCACAUUGGGGCCUGGAAUAACUGGUUAUUUUUUAUUGUUAAGUCUACAUGUUUAAUAAAUGGAGUUUUGUAUGUUGCAUAGCUUUGUUCUUAGAAACAGGUGUUUGACAACUGAAUUUCAAGUCUCUGAAGGCAAACUUACAGGUCAACUGAGCAUCCUCAGUAGUUGAUGCAAAAAGUUAGCCUUGGAUAGUUCAAGGGGACACCACUUGUUUCCGUGUAUCAUGAAAUUAGGUACAGAACUUACUGUAUUCAGAAGAUACAACUAAAGGUAAAAAAGGCCAAGGUUUAGGGGUGAGGGGGCAUUGUGGUGCAGCAGGUUAAGCUGCUGCUUGGGAUGCCUGCAUCCCAUAUCAGAGCAUGGAAUGGAGUCUAGCUUCCUGCUAAUGCACCUGGGAGCCUGCAGACAAUGGCCCAAGUACUGUGGUUUCUGCCACCCACAUAUUCCUGGUUUUAGCCUGGUCCUACCCCUGGCUGUGGGCAUUUGGAGAAUGAACCAGCAGAUGGAACACCUCUCUGUCUUUCCCUAUCACUCUGCCUUUCUAAUAAGUCUUUAAAAAGAAAUAAUUUUAAAAUGAAAAAAAAAAAAAAAGCUAGAGUUUAUAAUACAGAGAAUCUCAAAUACUCUAUGGGGUGGGAGUGUGGACAGUCUCAGAAGUGGAAGGAAACCUCAAGAGUUGCGUUGGGGCCUGCAUUGUGGAGCAGCAGUUAAGCUACUGUCUAUGAUGCCAGCAUCCCAUAUGGGUGUCCAUUUGAGUCCCAGCUGCUCCACUGUCAGCUUCCUGCUAAUGCACCUUGGAAAGCACUGGAAGACGGCUCAAGCUUAAGCCCCUGCCACCCAUGUGGGAAACAACCCAGAUGGAGUUCCAGGCUCCUGGCUUGAGCCUAGUGCAGCCCUGUGGCUGCUGAAGCCACUUGGGGGGUGAACCAAUGGAUGGAAGAUGUCUGACUCAACCUUUCAAGAUUUAAGACUGCAAUGGCUGGAGCUGGGCUGUCUGAAGCCAGGAGCUUCUUCUGGGUCUCCCAUGCAGGUUCAAGGGCCCAAGGACCUGGGCCAUCUUCUACUGCUUUCCCAGGCCAUAGCAGAGAGCUGGAUUGGAAGUGGAGCAGCCAAGACUCAACCAGCAGCCAUAUGGGAUCCACAGCACUGGCCCCCUCAAAAAUUUUUUAAAGAUGCCCUUCCUUACCAAAAGAAAAGUUAAAACAUUGCCUUGAUAUGAAAGUUGCUGUUAGGGCCAUCAGAUUUAUUAUUUUCAUUUUUCAGAGUGAUCUUGGGAAUACAGUGUGUUUUUAAUAAAGUUUGAAGAUUAUGAGGAUACUUAACAAAAACAGACACACUUCCUGUAUGAAAUGUCUAUUUCAGCCAAUUCUCAUGCUGAAGUCUACUUUACUUUUUCCCCAGAUUGUGCUUAUUGAGGUUGAAGCCAUAAUAGUGAGCUGAUAAUUUCUGCAAAGGGGAGUCUAGAGAACUUGCAUUUGUUAGACAGUAGGUCAUUUCUAAUAUUAUGUAAAGUACUACUCACUUAAAACUCCUAGUCUAAGAACUUUUCCUGAUAAAAUGCACAUUAAAAAAUCUAACAACAAAAUACCUUCUAACUUCAGUAGUUUGUAAAGUUGAGGGUAAAGUAUCUUGGUGUGAAUGUUUUUAAUGUUAUAAUACAUUGAACUUUUAGGUUCUCUUAAAUUCUAAAAGAGCUAUAAUUAGUUUUAAGAAACCAUUCACAGGGGCUGCCACUUGUAGUGCCGGCAUCCCAUAUGGAGGCGGGUUCUAGUCCCCGCUGCUCCACCUCCAAUCCAAACAUCUUUCCUGGGAAAGCAGCAGCAGAUAGCCCAAGUCCUUGAGUCCCUGCACCCGUGUGGGAGACCUGGAACAAGCUCUGGCUCCUGGCUUCAGAUUAGCACAGCUCUGGCCAUUGCAGCCAAUUGGGGAACCAGUGGAGGGAAGACCAACUCCUCCCUCCCUCUCACACUCCCUUCCUGUUUCUCUCUGCUUCUGCCUCUCAAACUCUGCCUUUCAAAUAAAUCUUAAAAAAAAAAUUCACAAAUAAUUUAAUGAGGAUACACUGUUCACUUUCUUACAUUGUAGUUUGAACCAAAUAUGUUUUAUAUAUUUUUGUAGUAAAACGUAAGUUUGGUUUUUAGGCCUGUAGAAAUCUAAGACAGUGGCUCCUAUUGAAUUGUGUCUUCUGUCACAGAUUUUAAUAAAGUUGGGCCAACUUACUGUCUGUCUCAUUGCCUACAGAGGAGGACAUGUUCUUGAACUCCCUUAAACUAUGAGUGACUUUUAAGGGGAAUCUAUGAAUAAUGUGUAAUUUGUACAUCCAUUUUGAUUUGACACUUGCAACUAGUUAUGAUUUUAUUUGAAGAGAAAACUUGGACUUCUUGUGAAAAAGAUAAAAGAUGCACCAAGCAAACUUGUCUAAUGAUAGGAUAAGUCUUCCAGAAAACGUACUUUGGGAUGAUUAGAGAGGAAGGGAAAUUAAGAGGACCUCAUGUUUCUUGGGCUUGAGGAUGCUAACUAUGACAGUCUGCAUUGCACCCCACUUUGCUAUUUCUCUCACUUUUAAUCAAAGUGAAAAUUCAGACACGUAUACUAAGUAGGGAAUGCGAUUAGGUGAAAUGUCAGAUCUGGCUAGACUGAAACCUGUAAACUUACUGGGUCCCUAUUAUUCAUUAUUAGUUAAAGUGAGAAGCUUGAGAGUUGCUUUAGAGCUGUGCCACCCAGUAUGGUAGCUAACCACUUGUAGCUAUUUCAGGAAAAUAAAGUUAAAUGUUCACUUCUUAUUCACACUAACCAUAUCUAAAAGCUCAUUAGUCACAUGGGGCUAGUGGCUGUAGUUGGGACAAAAAUAUGGAACAUUGCCAUCACUAGAGAAGAUUUUGUUGGACAGUGCUGCUCUAAGGGUAGGCUGCGAAGGGCCUACACCAUUCGCUGCACUUCAGUGAGCCUUCUCAUGACUGGACUAUCACUGGGAAUAAUUACUACUCCACAAAUAGUACAUGUUAUUCAACACAGAGAACACAAGUUUAUAAAGGCAUUUAUUUUUCAAAAAAAUAUUUUGCUAGAAGGGUUGAGUAUUGUAAUUUUACAUGAUCAUAAUCUUUUAAAUAAAUUCUUUUUCUGACCAA